AUGGCGGCAUGGGUUUCCUUGCCCGGGAUGGUGCGGUGGUGGGAAGAAUGGCAGCUCCGCGUGCUCGCACUCAGCAGCCUCUUCCUCCAGUGCUUCCUCUUCGUCUCGGCCACCUUCCGGAGGUACCGCAUCCCGGCGCUCUUCAGGGCAUGCAUCUGGCUGGCCUACCUUGGCAGCGACGCUCUGGCGAUCUAUGGCCUCGCCACCCUCUUCAAUCGCCACAGGAAUCGUCAAGCCGCCGCCGGCGGCGGCGGGCGCGGGGGAUCUUCCAUGGUAGAGGUGAUGUGGGCGCCCGUCUUCCUCACCCACCUGGGCGGCCAGGACAGCAUAUCCGCGUACAACAUCGAGGACAACGAGCUGUGGGCGCGGCACGCGGUGGCCAUGUCGUCCCAGGCCGCGGUGUCCGUCUACGUGUUCUGCAGGUCGUGGUCCGGCGGGGCGGUGCCGCUGCGCUGCCCCGUUGUGCUGUUCGUCGCCGGGUUCCUCAAGAUGGGCCACAGGCUGUGGGCUCUGCGGCGAGCCAGUAUCGUGAGGCUAGCAGCCGUGAGCUCAUCUGCCCGCCAUCGUCGGAGCGAUGAUGCGACGGCGGAAGAAGAUCAAGAACAAGGGCACGUCUCGCUAGACAGCUACGUGCGGCAGGCAAGCGAGCCAGCCACCAUGAACACCGACCACGAGCAGCGUAACGAUGGCGAGAACCAGAACCGCCGGGCGGCUCGCCGUCGCAGUCGUAAGCAGCGGGACCAGCUGCUUGCACCCAAGAUUCUAGACGCGCUCAUGGAGCUGUUCAUAGAUUUUCCUGCGCCCUACGCUCGCCGUCUUGGCUACCUCAGGUCCUUCAUGGCGCUCCACAGCUACGACGCCUACUACGAUCUGUGCAAUCUUCUGGACUUAGCAUUCCAGUUUUUCUACACCAAGAAAAACGCCGCCUACACCACCGCCGGCGUCUUCCUAUGGUCGCUCAAUUUCAUGCUGGCGAUCACCGCCGCCGCGGGCUUCGACGGGCUUGACAGCAACAAGGCCGGCCUUGACAGGGACGAUGUCAGGGUAACCUACAUCCUUCUAUGCUCUGCCAUCGCCAUGGAAUUCAGUACCCUUCUUUGGCUGGCCGACGCGAAAUGGGUGCCAUUGUGGAUGCUUCCGCCGGAAAUGCAGCGCACCGUUGUGCAGCUCAACCUCAUCGGCUUCGCCGCCCGCAGCCGAUGGCCGACGACGCCGAUGCGGAUAGCCGCCUUGUUCGGGUGCAAGAACUAUGUCAACCAGCACUGGUACCUCGAGCACCGCUCCUCAACUGCAAGAACAGUGGAGUUCAUCCGCAGAGACGUGAAACACGGGUGGGCGGAGCUACGCAGCGCCGGCGACUACCGGAGAUUCAGUGACCGGCGAGGCCAGUGGACUCUCCGGCGGGAGCUAUGCUCCCGAGAGCUCGGAUGGAGCGUGACGGAGCUGCCCUUCGACGAGGCCGUCGUCGUCUGGCACGUCGCCACGACCAUGUGCCUUCACUGCACGGACAUCCCGCCGGCGGCCGCUGACGCCGACGAGCGCGCCGCCGCGGCGUGCUCGAUGGAGAUAUCCAACUACAUGAUGUACCUGCUCCUGUUCCAGCCGGGCAUGCUGAUGCCCGGCACCCAACAGAGCCUCUUCGCCGUGGCCUGCCGCGAGAUCAGGCACGCCCUGGGGGACCGGGUCUUCAGGCAGCGUCUCAGCGAGAGAGAUCUUGCGCGGUGGCUCGCCGGCGGCGACGAGCCCACCGCGGCCGAAGAGGGAGGAGGAGGAGGCCGCCAUCUCGCAGAUGCCCGCAGGCUCGCCGGAGCGGUGAUGCGGCUGGAUGCUGGCAGGAGGUUGAGGGUUAUCGGUGGGGUGUGGGUGGAGAUGAUAUGCUACUCCGCGAGCAGAUGCAGGGGGUUCUUGCACAGCAAGAGCUUGGGCGCCGGCGGCGAGUUCCUCACCGUCGUCUGGCUCCUGCUCCACCGCAUGGGCAUGGAGAGCUUGGCGGACAAGCUCCAGAGGCCGGAGCUUCCUGAACCGGCCGAUGCUGCUGGAGAGUAA